CAUGAGUACACUAGGAACUGGGGAAUGAGUAAAGGACAAAUAUUUCAAGAAACUGAAGAAAAAAACUAUGCAUGAGUUGAUGGAUUGAACUGAGAAAGAAUGUAUUUGUUGGUUGAAUCAUCCCUAUAAUACUUUGUCACAUGCUAACAAAGUCAUGUCUUAUCAGUGCUACAUUUAUCAGAAUUAACAAUAUAAUAUAACUGUUCUGGAAACAUGUAUUGCCUCUUAUAGCAACCAUUUUUGUCUUACACUCUCUCACACCCUUUUCCAUGCAAAACUUUCACAGUCAUAAUCACAUUCUCAAUUUAUAGCAACUUUAACUCGACACUUUUGUUUAUAUUUUUUUCUUUGCAGCCUUUCACUUCUGACACAAAAAAAAAUUUAGAUGCUUAGAAUUUACCUUUACAUUCUUCUCCUUUGCCAUCACCACAAUUUAAGAAAGUGGAUCUUACCCUUUUCAAUUAUCUCAAAACCAAAGAAUUUCACAAUUCCAUUUUGUUGUUUGUCUUAGAUUAAGUUUGUUUGUUUAAGAUUAAGGUUAUUGUUUGUUCUAGUCAACUCAAAUGUCUUCUUCUUUUUUGUCUCUAAGUCUUAUCUUUGUUAUGUUUCUUUUGUUUACAAUGAGAAGAAGCAAUGCACAAGGAGAAGAAGAAAUUGUGAUGAUGGAAGAGAAAGAGUUAUUAGGAUUGUUUGAAGUGAUGGAAGCACUUUUGGAUGAACCUGAUUGGUCACAAACACAUCCUCAACCAUGUACUGAUACACCAUGGCCAGGAAUUGAGUGUGAAGUAAGUAGUGACACUCAAAAUCCAAUCUUUCAUGUCACAAAGAUUCACAUUGGUCCUGAUAUAAUCUCACCACCUUGUAAAACCUCUGCUUAUUUGUCAAAAUCACUUUUGAAACUCACUUUUUUGAAAACACUUUCAAUUUUCAACUGUUUUGUUGCUUCACAUGUCACAUUACCAUCAACUUUGUUUGGUACUUUUUCUUCCUUAGAACACCUUGCUUUGCAAUCUAACACAAAACUCUAUGGAGAAAUACCUUCAAGUUUAGGUAAUGUUACUAAUCUUAGAGUCUUGAGUUUGUCACAAAAUAGCUUAAAGGGAAGCAUCCCAAGAGAGAUUGGAAAUUUGGCUUAUUUGGAACAACUUGAUUUAAGUUAUAAUAAUUUCAUUGGUCCAAUCCCCUCUGAAAUUGGAAGUUUAAAAAGUUUGACCAUUUUGGACCUUAGUUGGAAUCAAAUUGAAGGGAUUCUACCUUACUCUAUUGGACAACUUCAACUUCUUCAAAAGAUGGAUUUGAGCUCAAACAAGCUUAGUGGAAAAAUACCUCAUGAGCUAAAAAAUCUCAAGAGGUUAGUUUUGCUUGAUCUUAGUCAUAAUUUUAUUAUUGGCCCAAUUCCUGAAACUUUAUCAAGUUUGGAACUUUUAGAAUAUUUAAUCAUUGAUGACAACCCCAUCAAAGCUAUGAUACCACAUUUUAUAGGAAACCUUUGGAAUCUCAAAUCAUUGAGCUUUUCUAGGUGUGGAUUAGUUGGUUCCAUACCAACUUUUUUCACUUUCUUGAAGAACCUUUCAGCACUAUCCUUAGAUAACAAUAGUCUCAGUGGAAAUGUUCCAGAAAAUCUAGCAUUGUUACCAAACUUAGAUCAACUUAACAUUAGCUAUAACAAGUUGGAUGGAGUUCUACAUUUUCCAAAUGAGUUCAUUGGAAAGCUUGGUAAGAGGUUAGAUGUAAGAGGAAAUGAUGAACUUUGUAUAAGUGAUGAGGCAAACAACAAGAAUCUCUCUUCAUACUUGGAAGUUUCAUCUUGUGUUGGAUUGAGACACAUUAAGGACAAAUCUUUUGAUGAAGAUCCAGCUGGAAUAAAGCCAUCAUGGACCAAAAGCAACAUAAGUUCAAGUGCAGCAUAUGUGGAUCUACAAGUCAUGUUUUUUACAUUGGUUUUAAGUUUUAUGUUUAGUUUACUUAAUUUGUGUUUGUGAAACUUAGGAAUGUAUUUUUAUAAAAUGAUGAUUUACUCA